GUGCCUUGUCCUGGGCAGGGUGUUCUGGGUUGCCUUUUAAAUACAGGAGAAGUUUAAACUGAAAAUAAUAAUUAGAUUAUUCUAAUAAGUAUGCAAAUAACAGGCUUACAGAUUGGGAAAACAUCUACAAGUGAAGAGCAUAUAAAAUUAUGCCCAAUAUUAUCUGUGGUAGCCUAAAGGUGUUUUAUGUCCUUUUUUUUUUUUUUUUUUGGUAGAACUGUAGUAUGCCUCUUUAACCAGAAGGAGUUUAAUCCCAUUUAGUUAUGUCAGGGCGAGGUUUAGUUUGGGGUUUUUUUCAAGUUGUGCAUGUAUUGCGCUAGCAUCUAGGUAUACUUGUCAGGAUGGAGGGCUUGUUCCAGUCAGUACACGGUGUUUUGUUCUCACAAGAAAAUGCUUAUUUGAACUAUUGUGUUAAAUGUAUGCAUGGUGCUGAAGAUCCUUCUUCACACAGUUUUUUCAGAAAUAUUCUAAAAUUGGCCGUUUUUUCAAACUGUACAACUUAAUGGCUUUUUUUUUUUGUUAAUAGCUUGACAAAGUUCGAUUUUGUGUCACGAGGGAAGUGUUCUUGGUUAAUAAAGGAGAUGGGGGCAGGGACUUGACGCUGUGAUUUUUCAGCAAGUGAAACACACCCACUGAGCUGUUCAGUCUGCUGUCUGUGAAUACUUGUAAAGUUUACUUGAUUAGUUCAUACAGCGUAGUGUAAGUACAAUAAGCUUGCUCUUAGUCCGGAAUAACAGAAUAAGGACACUGUCGUGUUUCCGCCAGCGCAGGCAGAGCUGCAGUCAGCCUGGGCGGUCCCUGUUGCACCAAUAUGCACUUGCAGGAUCAAGACUGUAACCUGAUUGACUCAGCUCUGGCUCUGGUCAAGACAGGUGAACGGAGCUGGAUGGAUCCGUGCUCAGCUGUUUGCGGUACAGCAGUUUGAGCUGAUGCUGAUCAGCAUGUGUAUUCCGGAGGUGACGUUCCCGUACGAGUGCAUACUCUGAGGGAAGCAAUGAGACUGAAACUUCUGCGCCUUCAGACUAGAUCUUUCCACGCUUUAACAACAAUAUGCCAAUGCCAAAGCUUUAAUAAAACUCGACGACCACUAUUAAAACUGGAUAAUGAAGUUGACGGAACAGUUAACGGAACAGCUGACAGAACAGCAAAGUCUUGGAAUUUGUAUGCUCUGAAAACUGCUUCCCCUUGUUUGACAAGUCGAUGUGUGCAAGUCAAGAAUUGUCAAUUGCUCCAAGGAAAUGUAUCGGCUUUGGGAAAAAAUGCUUAUUAUCAGAGUGGGGAGGGGUUUUUUCCACCCUGGAAAUGUUUUGGUGUGGCGAUGAUGGAAAACUACAACCUCAAUACAGAGCAUAUUAAAAAGCUUAGGAACAUCUCAUCAAGAUUUUACUCUGUUGUACCAGCUGGUAAAAUUAUUCCAAAACAAAGUAACCAGCUAGUUAAGAGGCCACCAAAGGCACCAAGGACCAAGCAGCCAUCCAGAACUAACCAGCCGCUACUGUCAGACAUGGAGAAUCUGAUGCAGUGCACAGCCUUUGCAACAGCAGAUGAGUAUCAUCUCGGUAAUCUGUGUCAUGACCUGACUUCACAUGGAUAUGUUGAAAUAACAAGUUUGCCUAGAGAUGCUGCAAAUGUUUUGGUGAUUGGUACUGAGAAAUCUGCAAAAGAUGAUGAUCCUGGCAUGAUUUUUUUCUUCAGGGAAGGGGCUGUUGUGUUUUGGAAUGUGGAAGAGAAAAGUAUGAAGAAUAUCAUGCGAGUGCUAGAACAGCAUGAAAUUCAGCCAUACGAAGUUGCACUCGUCCAUUGGGAGAAUGAAGAGAUGAACUAUAGAAUAGGAGAAGGUCAGUCAAAGCUUCAUAAAGGAGAAAUCUUGUUAAAUUCUGAGCUGGAUAGCGAUGAAGUUGUUCUACAGAAAUUUGCCUUUUCAAAUGCCCUUUGUCUUUCUGUGUUCUGCUUUGUCGCCCCUGUUGCAGUGAAGCUGGCUAUUUGGGAAUCGUUAUUGGAUAACUUUGUGGAGUCUAUCCAGUCAAUUCCUGAGAUCCUGAAGUCACGAAGGAAGGUGAAACUGUCUCAUGCAGAUGUAAUGCAGAAAAUUGGAGAACUCUUCGCAUUAAGGCACCGUAUAAAUCUGAGUUCAGACCUGCUAAUAACACCUGACUUCUACUGGGACAGAGAAAAACUGGAAGAGCUUUACGACAAAACUUGCCAGUUUCUCAACAUUAAUCGCCGAGUUAAGGUAAUGAAUGAAAAGCUUCAGCACUGCAUGGAGCUGACAGACCUAAUGCGAAAUCACCUGAACGAAAAGCACACUCUGCGCCUCGAGUGGAUGAUAGUAAUACUCAUCACCAUAGAGGUUCUAUUUGAGCUUGCAAGGGUAGUUUUCUGAGGAUGGAAUGAACUCGUGAAGAAAGAAACUGACAAGACCACAACAACCAUAUGGCCCAGAAAAUUCCUGUCUAUCACAUGCUCCUGGAAAGUAGUGGAACUGUGUCUCUUGAU